GCGGACGGAAGUCCCGGCCCGGCGUCACCUGACCCUAAAGUGAGCUAGUCAUGGCGUCUUCCUUGUUAGCUGGCGAGCGACUUGUACGCGCUUUGGGCCCCGGCGGGGAGCUGGAGCCAGAGCAGCUGCCCGGGAAGCUGCGGGCAGAGCUUGAGGCCGUGCUAGGGAAGAAGCACAAGGGCGGCGAUCGCUCGGCUGGCCCCGCUCGCCUGGUUUCUUUCCGCCUGAUCCGGGACCUGCAUCAGUACCUGAGAGAAAGGGGUUCCACACUAUACCUUCAUGAGCUCCUAGAAGGCAGUGAAAUCUAUCUCCCAGAGGUUGUGAAGCCUCCUCGGAACCCAGAGCUAGUUGCCCGUCUGGAGAAGAUUAAGAUACAGCUGGCCAAUGAGGAAUAUAAGCGGAUCACCCGCAAUGUCACCUGUCAGGAUUCAAGGCAUGGUGGAACCCUCAGUGACCUGGGAAAGCAAGUGAGGUCAGUGAAGGCUCUGGUCAUCACCAUCUUUAACUUCAUUGUCACGGUGGCAGCUGCCUUCGUCUGCACUUACCUUGGAAGCCAGUAUAUCUUCACAGAAAUGACCUCGCAGGUACUGGCAGCAUUGAUCGUGGCCUCUGUGGUGGGUCUGGCUGAGCUGUACAUCAUGGUGCGGGUGAUGGAAGGUGAGCUGGGAGAGCUGUAACCGUGCUUCAUCAUCAAAGUCUGGAGACUCCAGGCUCCCAGCUGCCAAUCACUGAUUCUCAGUCAACCCAUCAGGCUCUUUGUACUCAGCUCCGGUUAGUCAGAGGGCCGAGCCAAGACCACCUGCUGUUCCUGUGCGGAGCCCCAUCCUCUGUCAAUUUACAGAGUGGGCAGUAGAGGAGACUCAGACAACGACUGGAAAGAACUGGUCUAGCUGUACAUUCUCCUGAACCCGGUGCCCAUCUGCCUUCUACAGUCCAUUCUGGGCAUUGCUGGGGCUGGGUUUUUUUUUUCCAUUGGAAGUAA